CAUCAUAUGACGUCCUACCAUACUCACUGCGCAUGCGCGGCUCAGGGAGCACACAGCGCGGCGGAUCGCUGGUGCGCUGUAAGUGCCACCUGUCAGUGCUCUUCAGUGCCAGUGCCCAUCAGUGCCACGUGCCAGUGCCCAUCAGUGCCACGUGCCGUGCCAGUGCCCAUCAGUGCCAAAUCAAUGCCACAUAUCAGUGCAUACCAGUGCACAUCAAUGCCACAUAUCAGUGCCCAUCUGAGCUGCCUUUCAAUGUCACCCAUCAGUGCCAGUCAAUGCCACCUAUCAAUGCCAAUCAGUGCCACCUAUCAGUGCUGCCAAUCAGUGCCGCCUAUCAGUGCCAGUCAGUGUCGCCUAUCAGUGCCGCCUAUCAGU